GUCUCUACUUUCUCUACACAACCCAAUAAAACCUUUACAAAAAUAUCAAUAACAAUAUUAUACAUGUUAUAUAAGUAACUAUUGAACCGCUUGCUAAUGAGAACAUUGUGAUUAACCAACCAAAUACACUCAAAGAAUCAACGAGAUGUCGAUCUUCUUCUCGAUUCUUAUUCUCUUAUCUGUCAUCAUUACAUGCUUCCUCACAACUUUAUCAACAUCGGUCGCUUCGCAAUCUCUUCAUAGAUGAAUGUAUGAGAAAACCGCCAAUCAAUAUACGUAUGUUUUAUAUAUAACCAAUGUUUUUUCAUAUUCUACUGCAGUGAACGCGCUAAAGGAAAUAGCUACUACACUUGGUAUUAAAAGAUUGAACUUGAGUGCUGGAGAUCCUUGCAACGUACGAACUUUAAUGAUCAUUCAAGAAAAACAGGGCGUUAUUGCGAAUUCUGCUAAAAAUAACAGCAUUGUCUGUGAUUGUAGCUUCAACAGCAACACGACUUGUCAUAUUAAAGUCAUAGAAGUCAAGACCCUUAAUCUUCCAGGGAAACUUCCACCCCAGUUGGCCAAGCUCCGAUAUCUCCAAAAGAUCGACCUGUGCCUAAAUUAUCUCUCGGGUACAAUUCCAAUGGAGUGGGCUUCAUUGCAAUACCUCACUUCCAUCUCUGUCUGCGCUAAUCGUUUAACUGGGAAUCUACCACGUGGGUUGCAAAACUUCAAGAAUCUGACAUACUUAUCUGUUGAAGCAAACCAGUUCUCCGGCACCAUUCCUGAUGAGCUCGGUAAUGUGACCAGCCUAACCACAUUACAUCUUGCGUCCAAUAAUUUUACGGGAAGCCUUCCUAGCACUCUCGCCAGACUAGUCAACCUUGAAGACGUUAGGGUCUGUGAUAAUGAUUUUACCGGCGUCAUCCCAGAAUUUAUAGGCAACUGGUCUCGGCUCAGAAAUCUACAUCUAUAUGCUAGUGGACUGAAAGGACCUAUUCCUGAUGAAGUGGCCCGCCUAGAAAAUCUCACUGAGCUGAGUAUCAGUGAUACGACUGGGAUUAACUCCUUUCCAUAUAUAUCGAGCAACGCCAUUAAAAACCUGAUCUUGAGGAAUGUGAGUUUGUCUGGUUCCAUCCCUUCCUACAUAUGGAAUAAGACAGACUUAAAAACUCUUUUGCGCAGAGAUUUAUCGUUUAACAAGUUGACUGGUGAAGUUGAAGUAGUAAAAGCACCCAAAAAUACCUAUUUGACUGGAAAUAUGCUAUCGGGAAACAUCAGUUCUGGUGUUUUCCUCAACGACAAAUCGAAUAUUGAUCUUUCUUACAACAAUUUCUCGUUACCAUCUAGCUGCCAAGAAAAGAGUGAUAUUAACACAUACCGAAGCUCGAAUUGGAAGGAUAAUUUAAGUGGGAUGCUUCCAUGUGCUGGUCCAAUCAAGUGCCUGGGCUAUCAACGAUCAUUACAUAUUAACUGUGGUGGAGAAAGUGUGAAUAUAAUAAACUCUUUGGGUAAAAUCAAUUAUCAACCUGAUAAUAAUGAGACGACUACGGCCUCAACAAAUCAGCACUCGAUAAAUUGGGGAGUCAGCAACACAGGUGACUUUACCGAUGAUGGAAGCGAUGAUGACACGUACAUCAUUUCAACUGAUUCAACAUUAUCUGGAGAACAUUCUGAUCUUUAUAAGACUGCACGUCGAUCUGCCCUCUCUCUUGUUUAUUAUGCAUUUUGCUUGGAGAAUGAAACCUACAAUGUAAACCUUCAUUUCAUGGAGAUUCAGUUUACAGAAGAACUAUACAUUAGUCUCGGUAGGCGCAUUUUUGAUGUGUAUAUCCAGGGAAAAUUGUUCUUGAGAGAUUUUAACAUCAAAGAGGAGGCUAAUGGGACUAUGAAGCCUAUAGUUCAAGAACUGAAAGAUGUUAAUGUGACCAAUCAUGUGUUAGAGAUUCGGUUGUAUUGGGCCGGGAAAGGGACAACCCUCAUUCCCAACAGAGGAUAUUAUGGUCCUCUUAUCUCGGCAAUUUCAUUAUGCCACAGCCAGGAGCGGCGAUGUGGAGUGGAGAAAACAAAACAUCACUCUAGUUAUCCCAUGAUUUUGGGGGCAAUAGGUGGCUUGGUAACAAUUCUUUUCUUGUCUUUGGGGAUAUAUGCAGCUCGAAAAAAAUACAUAGAAGACAAGAGCAUAAAAGAAAGAGCUCAGUGUCUACAAACAGUUUGUUUUACGUGGAGACAAUUACAAGCUGCAACAAACAAUUUUGAUCAAGCUAAUAAACUUGGAGAAGGGGGUUUUGGAUCCGUAUUCAAAGGAGAACUAUCAAAUGGAACUAUGAUAGCAGUCAAGCAGCUUUCUUCUGAUUCAUCCCAAGGAAAUAGUGAAUUUGUUAAUGAGAUAGGCAUGAUUUCAGGUCUGAAUCAUCCAAACCUUGUCAAGCUUUAUGGAUGUUGUGUUGAGAAGAAUCAGUUGCUUCUCGUGUACGAGUACAUGGAAAAGAACUCCCUUGCUCUUGCGCUUUAUGGAAAGAGCUCCCAUAAAUUGAACUGGUCAACAAGACAAAAGAUAUGUGUUGGAAUUGCAAGAGGCCUUGAGUUCCUGCACUAUGGAUCUACGAUCAAGAUGGUUCACCGUGACAUAAAAACCACUAAUGUGCUUCUAGACACUGACUUUAAUGCAAAGAUAUCCGAUUUUGGAUUGGCUAGGCUCCAUGACGAAGAACACAGUCACAUUAGCACCAAAAUUGCUGGAACUAUCGGAUAUAUGGCUCCCGAGUAUGCACUAUGGGGUCAAUUAACAGAGAAAGCAGAUGUGUACAGCUUUGGUAUUGUGGCAAUGGAGAUUGUUAGUGGGAGAAGUACUGUGAAGAAGAAAGGAAGUGCCGAUGACAUCCCGCUUAUAAAUUGGGUGCUGACACUGGAAAAGAGAGGAGACAUAAUGGAGGUCAUUGAUCCGAUCCUCGAAGGUGAUUUUAAAAGUGAAGAAGCAGUGAGAAUGAUCAAAGUUGCUCUCGUUUGCACAAAUUCAACUCUUUCAUUAAGGCCAACAAUGUCAGAGGCCGUGCAAAUGCUUGAGGGAGAGCUCGAUAUAACAAGUGUUAUGCCAGAUCAUGGUUUAUUUGGACAUAACUUGAGCAUCUCAAAACUAGUGGAUAUAGAUACUACGACACAUGGUAGUUCGAGCACUACAACUGAAGAAUAAACACAGAGAUUUCGACAAUGACAUCAAAAGUCAAACCACAAUCUAUAGCAAUGAAACGAAGUCGCAAUUUCUACUAACAGUUUUCAACAUUCUCCAAUAUGCAUGGAAAGCAAUGGCUAAAUCAUAUCAUCAAUGGUAUGUAAAUUCACUCUGUCAUAAUUCAACUAAUUCAUGUGUUUGGUUUUAGCUACCAAAUCAAUUUGAUAUCUUAACUCUAAGUAUCUCAAGAUUUAGUUAUGGUGAGAAAUCUUCUUUGAAAAUAAUUUAAAUUAUAUCUACUAUUUGUUAUCCGGACAUAUAAUAUCACUGGUGAAUAGUAGAUCAAAUAAAAUAUUUUCAAUAUAUUUUAUAUUUUUAAAUAUUUUUGGAUAAUAUUAUCUACAUGAAUUAUUGUUUUACCCUUGCUCCUCCUCUUUAAAAUUUUGGAAUUUGAAAAACUGCUAUUCAAAUUUAUAGAAUAUUUGGCCAAAGAAUAAUUUAUUUUGAUUAAGAACUAUGAUAGUAAAUAAUUUUAAAUACAGUCAAAUAGACUCAUGCGCAACAUGGGCAAUAAUACUAGUUUUUUUGUUAAAAAGAAGCCAAUCAGAAAAUUAAAUGCAAGAAAAAUAGUAAUAACAAAAAAACAGUUUUUAAAUAUAUUUUUGUUUUUUAGAUCCCUAAAUUAUCUCUGAGCACGACUACAACUUUCACGUUAUAACUUCCAUGACACAAAAUCAAACGGUAUCAUCUUCUAUAUAAAUUCCAAUAACUUAUUUUUCUAUUUGCUUUUCUCUUUCGUGUCCGUGUUUCACAAAUUUCAUUUUUUUUUUGAAAUUGACAAUUUUCAUAUUCUUCAUCAAAGUUCUCACAGUUUUCAAUGCAUCAAAGAAAAUCAAUACAGGUAUGUGACUACUCUAUUUAUAUUUGUUUUAUAAUUUGCUGGAUAUUUGAUUCUUUUAGCUUGAUUUAGAUCGAAGAUGUCACUUAAAUAUACCGUUGUUUCAAUGUUUAUUUCUUCAAAAAAUGGAAAAUCAAAGCACUGUUUGCAAGUGAGGUAAAAAUAAGUAUAUUAAAUCUACUAUAUAAAACUGG